UUCUAGCUGCACUGUGUGCAGGUGAGAGAGGUAGUAGUGGAUAGCUGUUUGAAUUUAAUACUAUGUUGUAGUGAAUAGUUUCUGCCACACUUUUAAAACUAUUGGAGGUAAAAUAGCCAAAGGACAAAAAUCUUUGGUGGUAUAAUUGACAAGUGUUGUUAUAUCUGCUGGUCAUUUUACUAUCAAAUUGGACCAAAUGUCAUUUCACUACAUUGUCAUGUGGACAAAUUGACAAGGAUUCAAUGCUCAAACGUUAUUGGAUUAAAACGGUCAAAAUUACCUGAUAAUUUGAGAUUUUGACUUUUUAUGUGGACUUACUAAACUGAGAAACAUUACAAAAAAAACGGAAUAAAGAGUUUUUGUUAAGUUUUUUGCUGUUCGCGUAAAAAAACAAAUCUUUAUUGGAUAUCUUUACGGAUAAAAAUUGAUCAGUGGCAUAGAUCACAGAAAUUUUGAUUCUCUUCAGAUUUGUUCGCACAGAUCACUCUGAUCCGGCACACAGCAAUCUUUGGGGUAUUAUGAAUGUUUUCAGAUGCCUCAUUUUUGCGCUAGUCAAUGACACUGAAACAUUGUGCAAAAUAAAAUUCAUAAAAUGUUCUUUUGAGAUUUAAUAAUUUAAGCUUUUGUCCUUGAGCGAUUCAGUAUUUGAACAGUUUGGAUUUUUAAAAAGCAAUCAAAACAUUAAAGAUCGUUGAACUGUUUUGUAACGCUUAAGAUUUCUUUUAUCUUGUUAUUACAUACCUAGUGUUUUUAGAUGUUAACACUGUUUACAUAGAAGUGUCGUGACAGACAAUGGCUUGUUUUUGUGUUCUUAAAUGUUUUCUUAAAGGAUUACUUCAAAUUCAAAAUCAGAAUAAAAGGUGUCAAGAUGAUAUGGAAUGCUUGAAAAUUUAAAAGGAUAAUUUGGAUAUAAAAUGAUGCAGAGGCUUCUUGCAAAAGCGCUGUAUGACAAUAUCGCUGAGUCACCAGAUGAACUAGCCUUCAGACGAGGAGAUGUUAUUACAGUCUUGGAGCAAGAGACCGGCGGCCUUGAGGGUUGGUGGCUAUGCUCGCUGCGGGGAAAACAGGGUAUUGCGCCAGGAAAUAGACUGAAAUUGAUAACUGGUCUUGUUGCCAAUCAUGUACGAUCUCAUACAGCUGAUUUUCCAUCACUUGCAAAUCAGAAGGCCGAACAGGAAUGGAACCGACGGAGCUGGGAUGGAUCUUCAAAUAAGGUGGUGACACCAAAUCGUCACGGAGAUUUAUUUAUGUAUGAACAACCUCGUGGAGAUCAGCCAGACUACGAUGUUCCUCCAACACGAUACCAAGGUGUGAACGGCAACAUGUAUAAUGCAACUGGUAGCAACCAUUCAUCAAGAGAAGAUCUUCUCAAUGCGUCUGCCUCCAGUUUCGAGCAGUCAUUUUAUGACACGCCACCACAGGGCCGAAGUUUUAAUAGAUCUCAAGAUUUAAGUAUGUACGAUACUCCUCCGUCUCACCUACAUCUGGAUCCAUAUGAUAUACCAUCUGGAUCGGUUAGGACUAGUCUUUCAUCUAAGUUCUCGGAUGAAUCAAUGAGUUUAUCUAGUGGUUUGUCAAACAGCAAAUCGAAUCCACCCAGUAUGUGUGAUUCUGCGCGAUCUAGUAUGGACAUUUCUCCUAUGGAUAUGUACGAUGUUCCGCCCUCACAACGAGAACGUGAAGCAAGAGAUGCAAAAGCAGCGUUAUAUCCCAUCCGAUCCUCAAAGGAUUCGGGACUUGAUAUGUAUGAUUCUCCACCUAAAGUAAAGUCUCCACCCUCUAUGCUUGAUGAUUAUGAUGUACCAAAAUUGGCUGCUAUAAACAGUGAAAGAGACAGUCAGUUCAGAAAUUUGAAAAUUCCGCGAUCUGAGCCAUCAAGUCCAGGAGAUUUUCUUGAAGAUUAUGAUGUUCCUAAAAAGUCACCAUUUGCUCUAAGCAUGAUGGGACAGAAGAGUUUAUCACGUGAAUUAAAGUCGGACAUUUCUCAGUCUGACAUUGAAGACUAUGACGUCCCAAAACAGAGUCCUCAUCCCGUUGUAGGAAAACCACCAAUUGCAGCGAAAACAAAAAGACACAAAUCAAAUUCCAUCGGAUCUCUGCUAGAUGACUAUGACACUCCGCAAAGCCGGGUACCUGUAAAUGUCACAAAGGAUGAUCUCUUCACAGCUUUUCGUACUAAAGAAAACUUCGAUCAGGGGAUUGAUGACAAUAUGAAUGACUAUGAUGAACCUGAUGCUCAGACUUCGGAAAAUGUGGAAGAAAAACCAAAAUUGCAACGUCAAGAACAUGCUGUUGAUGAUCUUUAUGACUCACCAAAAAAUAAUGCCCCUGUGAAAAAUAUGACAAAGGAGUUUUCAUCUUUGUCUGUAAAUACACCUAAAGAACCUCUUGGUGUUUAUGAUAUCCCACCCCAAGUGACGAGAGACUCUGUGAUUUCAUCAAAAUCAGAUUCUUCGGAUAGUAAUGAAGGAAACAAUCGGUUGUCCACGUGUAGUACAGAUUCUAGAGGCUCAGAUAUACCGAUAUAUGAUGAGUUGCCGCUUGAAUUAGAUGCAGCAAACGAUCUGGUCAUAAAACUGCAGCAGGAUGUGCAAAAGGCAGUGAAUAGAUUCAGUACUUUUGUGCAUAGUUCAUGGAGAAAGAAAGAUAAUUUAGAACUCAAGUUGUAUGAUAUCAAAACAGCGUGUUUAAAUGUAGAAGAAAAACUUGGUGAGUUUGUGGAAUUUGGGCAAGGAACAUUAGCUAACUCAGCAAAAUUGUCAGAUAGAAAGCUGAUCAAUAAACUUAGCAAGUAUCUGAUACCGCUUCAGCAAGCGCUUCAGCAAAUGAGAGUGUCGAUAAAGCAUCUGGAUGAUGUUGAUUGGCGGGUUUCUAGAUUAAAUGCAAGCGAAUCACCAAAAAAGGAUGAUUUAGGAAUAAUUGCCUCGUUAACUAAAGAUCUUACCAGUGAUGUACGUAAACUAGCUUCUUUCAUACAAGGUAAUUCUUCUCUACUUUUCAAACGUGCCAAAGACUUUAACAGAAGCUCAAGAAAUUCAGAUCAUUCCAUGCCAACAACUCCAGUGGGGAAACCCCCAAUUAAUCGUAAACCAGCACUGCCCACAAAAACAUUAAAUAUUGGGACACCUGUCCAGGCACGACCACUUCCUGCGCCUCCACCGACAGAACGGCCGUUACCGCCAACUCCAACAGACAAAAAGUCACAUGAGUUUGGAUUCAGUGGACCAGAUAUCAAACGGCUCUCUGGAGAUUUUUCAAACAAAAGGAAUUCAGGAGAAUUCAAACAUUGGUCUGGAGAGAUUCAGGUCAAAAGAUUGUCUGUUGAAAGAAACACUGAAAGUGACAGAAGUUCAUAUAAAACAGAAGAUCUCAUACAGGAAUAUGAUUACGUUGAGUUAGAAGAAGAUAAAACAAAUGAGAAAGAGAGAGAAAACUCUCCAUCUGUAAAUAAAUUAUCUUCAGACUUGAAUGAUAAUUUGAAAGGACCAGAAAUGAAAGUAAAUGAUUCUUAUGAGAAAGAGAUGGAAAAAACAUUAGAUGAAAUUGAUGGAGUUAAUAUAUACUCAGAUGAUUCUGGUGGUACCUUGAAAAGGGACACAAAAACGAAAGAAAUUGAAAACUUUGAAACUGUUCAAAACGAGUCUGAAUCUGAACACGAUACCGGAACUCUGAAGAGGAGACCUGAGAAUGAAAGUAUGCUAGAAAACACUGAAAAUAGCACAGGUACUUUGAAAAGACAAGAUCAACUAAGUGAAACGAAAGAGGAAGAAAACUCUACUGUUAAUGAGAAUAAACCAGAAACAGCUGACGUACCUGAGCAUGAUAACGAACCAACAAAACUGCAACCUCUUGAUUUUGAGGAUAAGCAGGUGUUGGCCUUCUAUGGGGAACAGCUUGACACUCAUUCUACGCUUCUUACUAACUCUAUUGAUGCUUUCUUUGCGUGUAUUGAGAACAGUGAAGCCCCGAAAGUGUUCAUUUCUCACAGUAAAUUUGUUGUUGUUUCGGCACAUAAACUUGUAUACAUCGGUGAUAGUUUACAUAGAAAUAUAAAACACAGUGUUGUCCGAAGCAAGAUUAUUCAGUGUGCAAAUAUUUUAUGUGACAAUUUAAAAUCGACUGUAACAGCAACGAAAACAGCAGCAUUACAGUACCCAUCAGUGCCGGCGGUCCAAGAAAUGGUUGACAGGGUGGUUGCUGUGUCUCAUUCUGCUCGAAACCUAAAACUGCUUGUUGCCCAAGCGGCAAAAUUGUAGAUUAGUGCUAAAUUGUUUAUUCUUCUCUCACUCUUGUUAAAAUUGUUAUUUUUUUCAUUUAUGAGAUCGUUCAUGAAAGAGCAGUAAGUAGAAGUUUCACUUAUUCAUUGUAUUUAAUUGUGUAACAUUUAAUUUUGUGAAAUGAAAUAUCGCUGUGAUCCAAAGAUUUAUUUUUUAUUGUGCCAUGUGUUGUAAACAUGUCAUACACACUAUUUACUUUGUAUAUAACUGUUGUCAUACUAUUUUCUUGUUUGAACAAGUAGUUCCAUGUAGAUAUUACAUAUUUAAAUGUUUUGUUCAAAGAAUACAAGCUUUUUGAGUAUAUAAAAGGCAACUUCUUUAUUCACAGUGCUACAAGUACAUGUAUAUUGGAAGUCAUAAAUAUGAUAUGAGAAACAGAGUCAUUGCUUAUGUUUUAAUGGAUAAAUGCUGUUGCACCUGAAAAACGCAUUAUCACAAAUGCUUGUGAAACAUAACACUACAGAGACCUGUGGGUAAUUUGUUCUUUUCUUAGAACAUUUAUAUGAACAGGGAAAAGAAAUAGAAAGAAAGGUUUUUUUUUGUUUUUUU